GACGUCACCGUCACCCGUGUCGGGGCCGGGGGGGUUAUGGUGGUCUUUGUGGUGCGCUCCGCGCUGGCGCAGGGCUCACGGCGCUUCGCAGCGCUCCGCAGCACCCGCAGGCACCGGCCGCCGCCUUCAGCCCCCUCCGACACGGUCCCUGCCAGCCCAUGAAGUGACUCAGGCGGGUGGCACAGCCCCUGCUCCUGCCAUAGCCGCCGCACCGGGCACCGAGGUUUCACAUGGGGAACCUUCUAAAAGUGUUGACUUAUAACGAGCUUGACCAAGGCCCUAAUUUUUUCCUUGACUUUGAAAGUGAGAUGGGAUUUUUAUUUCCCUUUUUCGUUCCGUGCUUCUCCUGAGUUCCACAUCCUCACCAUUUUGAGUUCUCCUCCCCGCCGCCCAUCGCAUCGCGCCCAUCCCAGACGUCCUCCCCUCACCUUUGCUGUCCAGGGGUCUCCCCGGGGAGGGGGGGGCCGCGGCCGCAGACCCAUGGCCGGGGGCUAUCGCUCCCCACCUCUUCCCCGGGGCAGUUUGCAGCCCGUCGGGGCUGGGGGCUGCUCGAGGACCCCCCCCCCCCCGUCUGCAGGACCACGGUCGCAGGGCAGCCAGGACUCACCCCCACCCUCCUCAGCCUCUGGCUUGGCUCAGUCUUGAGCAAGGAGAUGGACGAGGGGGAGAAACCCGCCAGGAAGGGCUUUGGGCCGGCGGGGGAGCCGCGGGAGCGGGGCGCUGCUCCCCACCUCGGCUCUCGCCUCUCGGGGCCCCGCUCAGAGCCCUCCGGGUUUCUCUCCCCGGGGGUCUGCCCUGCAGAUGCGCAGCCGACGGCGGCCGAGACUGCGGUGUGGAACCCGGUGAACGCGGUGCUGGAGGAGGCGCAGGCGGUGCUGGCCGAGCUCCAGUCCUACACGGGCGCGGGGCAGGAGAUCCGGGAGGCCAUCCAGAACCCCGCGGACCCGCGGCUGCAGGAGCGCGCCUGGGGCGCCGUCUGCCCGCUCGUCGCGAAGCUGAAGCGCUUCUAUGAGUUCUCCCUGCGCCUGGAGAACGCGCUGCGGAGCCUGCUGGAGGCCCUCACCAGCCCCCCGUACGCCCCGACCCAGCACCUCGAGCGGGAGCAAGCCUUGGCCAAGCAGUUCGCAGAGAUCCUGCACUUCACCCUCAGCUUCGAUGAGCUCAAGAUGACCAACCCUGCCAUCCAGAAUGACUUCAGCUACUACAGAAGGACCAUCAGCCGAAACCGCAUCAACAACCUGCAGCUUGAGGCAGAGAGCGAGGUGAACAACGAAAUGGCCAACAGGAUGUCCCUUUUCUACGCCGAGGCCACCCCCAUGCUCAAAACACUCAGCAACGCCACCACCAAGUUCGUUUCCGAGAACAAGACGCUGCCAAUCGAGGACACGACCGACUGCCUGAGCACCAUGGCCUGCGUCUGCAGGGUGAUGCUGGAAACCCCAGAAUACCGGAGCCGCUUCACCAACACCGAGACCCUCCUCUUCUGCAUGCGGGUCAUGGUUGGUGUCAUCAUCCUCUACGACCACGUCCACCCCGUGGGGGCUUUUGCAAAGACCUCCAAGAUCGAUAUGAAAGGCUGCAUUAAAGUCUUGAAGGACCAACCCUCAACAAGCACCGAGGGGCUCCUGAACGCUCUGAGGUACACCACGCGGCACCUCAACGACGACACCACCUCCAAACAGAUCCGGGCGCUGCUGCAGUGAGCGACCCCGCGCACGUCCCCGGCUCGGCGAUGCCAUGACCAUAGCGCUCAUCUUGUACAGAGGGACAAGGAGGGAUGCGCCGAAAGGCAGAGAGAUAAAAGCAGCCCGAGGCUGUGCCCGGGGGGACCCCUCCUCCCAAAUCCCCCCCCCCGCUGGACACGAGGUGCGGGUGGCACCAUGGGGACACCGCAAUCAGGUGCUGGGGCUGGGCAGCGUCACCCCUAACCCCAUCGUCAUCCCGAGGAGGAGGAGCAAGCAUCCCUGCAGACCUGCGCUGACCGGUGGCAACGGCUCGGUCUCCUCUCAUAGACUUUGAAUGAGAGCAAUUAAAUCUCCACUCACCUUU